AUGCGCAGUAGGUAUUUGGGGCAGCUCCCCGGAUGUGACUCGAGUCUGACUGCGGAGAGAAGGAAAGCGCGAGCUGGGAGCGAGGUGGUGGGAAGGUGAGCUCUCAAAUGCAAGAAAAAGUAAACAAGUCAAUAGUUGAAAAGCAUCUGACUACUGCGGCUGUGCCAGUGUGGAUGAAGGAUGCAGACGAUCAAGUGUGUGGUGGUGGGGGAUGGCGCUGUUGGGAAGACCUGCCUGCUGAUCUCCUACACGACCAAUGCCUUCCCAGAGGAGUACAUCCCCACGGUCUUUGAUAACUACAGUGCGCAAAAUGCAGUGGAUGGGCGCACGGUCAGCCUAAACCUGUGGGACACAGCAGGCCAGGAGGAAUACGACCGCUUGCGUACGCUCUCAUACCCGCAGACCAACGUCUUCAUUAUCUGCUUCUCCAUCGGGAGUCCCUCCUCACACGCGAAUGUGCGACACAAGUGGCACCCUGAAGUCUCACACCACUGCCCCAAUGUGCCCAUCCUGCUAGUAGGGACCAAGAAGGAUCUGAGGAACGAUGGUGAGACCAUUAAGAAGCUGAAGGAACAGGGCCUGGGGCCGACGACACCACAGCAGGGGAACUCGCUGGCCAAGCAGAUCGGGGCAGUGAAGUACAUGGAGUGCUCAGCUCUGCUGCAGGAAGGGGUGCGUGACGUGUUUGCGGAAGCUGUGCGUGCAGUGCUGUAUCCCGUUACUAAGAAGAACACCAAGAAGUGUGUGCUGUUAUAGUGCGCAGGGCUGAAAGAGCCGUGGGACUGCAUUGCGAACUAUGUCCCAACGGGUGCCCGCUACCCAGUUUAUGUAGUUCCAGGUUCAGUAGCUGUUUCCCAUCUCCUAUUUGCCCUCUCUCUCUCUCUCUCUCUCUCUCUCUCUCUCUCUCUCUCAAAAGGACCUUGCUGCACUGAACCUGCUACCUAGCUGGAGAAUGCUUCCAAUUAUAAUGGUUUUUUUAAACAUUUAUUUUUCUUUUAUAAAUUGUCAGUCCAAGGCUUAUCGGAGAGUUAAAAGGAUGGGGUAAUUGGGUUCAUGUGGAACUGACCAGGAAAGGUGAUGGUUGGGUGGGUGGUAAGGAUUGUAUUUGUGUGUUCUAACUGACAACAACGGUAAAAUGUGUACAAUGUGAUCAGUGCCUUACGUUGGGAUUUUAAAGCCCAAUUACAACCAUGUAACUGACCCUUUUUUGUCACACUAAAGUAGCAUGGCUAGUUUAAAUAGAGCCUGUUUGGAAAAAUUAAGAUGCAAGUGUCCUCCCCACAACCUAGUCCAACACGGCCCUUCCCCUCCCUCUUCACAGCAACAAUCUUCCUGCUUCCAGCGUUAUUGCACCAGCAUACCCUUUCUCAAUUUAAAGCCCUGUUGUCCACAGGGAAAGUAACCUAAUACAUGUCUUGCAUAUCUCUUGUUAUUGUAUCCAAUUGUUUAAGCCAGAAUGCUUUUGGGCAGAUGCACUGUUUUGGUCUGGGUUGUACACAACAAAAUAACAUUUAAAAAAAAAAAAAAAUCAUCUGGAUUCAUUUCAUCUUAAGUGAAACAAUUUUUUUUACUUUUGCUAAAUUCGAAUGAAGUUUUAUAAUGAAGAAUUUAAAUGUUUCUCGAUCCUCAGGGUGAGACUGAUUAGGUGUAACAUAUUCAUUAUUAUGGUGACUGACGGCAUUGCUGACAAGAGGGCUGACAGCUGUCCAGUGCUGUUGAGACUAGCAGUGUUUCACAGCAGGCUUCCCUUCAUUGAAUGAACGAGUGUGUGCGUGUAAUUAACAUUAAGGUAGCCAUCUCUUUCAUGGUAUUAUCAAAAAAAUAUUCUGAUCCAAUUAGAAUCUACAAAGGUCACAACUCCAGGUACAAUGGAUCAAUUUCCUAAACAAACUUGACAACCACUGCUGCACGCUUUCCUGUUUACCUAACAGUCUUUAUCUUAUUUGUCACUGUGGCACAGACCCUUGGUCCCAUGCUAGCAGUUUGUUCUUGCACUAUAAAAACAGCUUUACAUAUCAUACAGUGUAUGCUGCUGUAAAGGGAAAACAAAUGUCCGUGCCUUGUUAUAACGUUGCCUUAUUUACAGUAGAGAAUGAUGGAGUGUUUGGUGUGUGUGUGUGUGUGUGUGUGUGCAAGGUAGUUUCUCUGAAGCAAGACGGACGAGAACUCUGCUUUAAAUAAUUGCCACAGUGUAAUUGUGGCAGGCAAGGGCUUGAUGUAUGUUGUAGUGGUUUCCAUCUGUUUAAAGCAGCAAUGCUGUCCCAGUUGUGGCUUUGUCAAACAUUUAAAGGUCUAACAACAAAGAUUUAAAAACAAACAUCUUUCUAUUUGCCAUACUUCUGUACAGACUCGCGUGAAAGGUGAUACGUUUAUUGGCAACGCUUCAUUUGCAGGAGGUAUAAGGACCCUACCUGUACCUUACAUUUUAUGCAGGACAUGGGACUAGUCAAUAGGGGACCCUUGUAUCUACUGGAAAGUGUGUGUGCUUUUCUUUUAUUAACGUUAUCAUGUUUUAUCAGAAUAAUCUGCUGCCUCCAAUGUACAAGGCAUGGAAUAAAAGGCACUUCAAAAAUCGAAUCCAAAAUAUAGGUGGGGCAUAGUUUCCUUAAUUUUUGUUGUUUAAAACUGCAAUAAAAUCUUUUGAGGUACCCUAGACAUUUGACCAGUGUUCAGUAACAAAAUGCUAUGUGUAGAGAAUGUUGUGCUCUUGCUCUCACCCCACCUGAUACUUCUGUUUGUAUAGGGGUGAGUGAUGGGUCUGACUGCUUACCUGACUAUCCAGGUGCUUGAUGAGUCAUGAUGCCCUGUAGGGAAAACCAUUUCAGGUAUCGCGUCACAAACGUCUGUUAUUUCCCAUAAUGGCUAAGUAGUAAUCACUUAAGGGUGCUGAGUUAUUCAACUCUGUAAGACAAUACACUGAAAACGUUAGUGUAUUAUUUUAAAUUACUUUAUAGGGUUCUCCAAUUGACAUCACAUGGUACAACACUACAUUUACUGCUGAUGUCAGGGAUUCUGUUUACUAUAUUGUCAUAACAAACACAUUUAAAAUCUGUACAGUAUUUGCUCUUCUACCAGGGUUAGUUAAAACCUGAUUGAAUUGAUUCGAGUCCAAGUAAUGUGCCAUAGGUGUUCUUGUUACUCUGUUGCUUUCUGUGUGUAUCCCUUUCAAUUUCAGUAUGUUGGUAGUGAUAGUUACACUGUGCUGCCCAUGCUAAUCCGGUGACUGACAGGGGAUCAAAGGUGUUGUUGAGAUGUUAGAGAGGAUCAGCAGCUAAUCAUCACUGUAGAAUGUUAAUAGUGAUGUACAGGUACAUACACUCUAGGCUUUAGCAAAAAGAAUGUAUACUAUUCAAAACAAUUUUCCCAAUUCUGUAACUGUACUUUAUGUCUGUUCCUGUUAAUCAAAAAGUGCGAAAGUGCCUACAGUGCAGAAUCACCUUGAUAUGUCUGUGCUAGCUGCAGCUGGUAUUUUGUGCAAGAAUGUAAUACCCCGAAUAUAUAUAUAUAUAUAUAUAUAUAUAUAUAUAUAUAUAUAUAUAUAUAUAUAUAUAUAUAUAUAUAUAUAUAUAUAUAUAUAUAUAUAUAAUUCAUGUGCAACGAGUUACAGUAGAAAUACCCAAAGAUUUUUUUCUUAAAAUUGAUUCUUUAAAUGGAAGGGAACAAAGCAUUUGAUCUAGAGAGAAUCCCAUUACUAUAGGGAUGAGUACAGAAUAGAAUGGGACUGUUUUUGAAUCAAUUCUAAAGCCUAACAAUAAAUAUGUAUCAGGUGUUUAAUUAUUUUCUAGAUAUUUUAAAUCAUGUUAAAAGUCCAGGAUUUUUUAAAGACUCUUAUUUUUAAUCUCUAGCCUUCCAGUUUAUAAGAGAUAUCCAUUCCUUUCUGUAGUUUUUUCCAGCAGUAUACUACUGUAAUGUUCAGGCUAAAACAGAACAGCGCUUCCAAUACCACAUAAUCUGACCAGCAUAGAAUGCAGUGCUGUUUACACACUGACUGGGACCAAAGAGCACUGGUGGUUCCCGGACAGUUGCUAGAUGCAUACUGUAAUGUGAUUCAUAUUUCAAAAAGAUCCUGUUUCCAACAGAACAAUGAGUUACAGUGAAUGUCCUGGGUUGUAAUAGGGCCCUCCUGUAGCAACAGGCACAAGAGGGAUUUUUGCUAAUAAAUGGAAUGGGAGUGGUGAGGUGAUGAGAACAGACUCCCUACCCAGCCCUUUGGAGAGGAUUAAUCACAAGAGAACUACUGUAUGUGUGUGUGUGGGGAGGUGUGAAGUUAUUCCCUACAGCAAGGCUGGCAGAUAACUUUUUGUUCUUUCUGUACUGCUGUUCUUUCUACAGUGUUUUGAACAAUUGUGUCCCAUAACUUCUCUAAACUUCUUUGCCCUAUCUGAAGUACAGGAUCUUGAUUUCAGAGGACAUCCAGGUCUGUAGAUUUGGGUUUUGAAAUACAGUAGUAUAAAACCAUAAAGGUAAGAAAAUAGUUGAUUUAUUGUGGUCUGUCCACCAGGCCCACUAGUUUCUGCUUGUCGCUGCUUUCUAUUGAUUUUUUCUUUUUAAGCAUUUGGUGUUUUGUUAUAACCUUCAGGUUUGGCUCAGAUGUCAAUAGAUGAAUGGCAUUUACAGCAAAGAGGCUGUAUAUUAGAAUUCCAAAAGCUGAAAUAAAGGUAGAGGUACAAUUAGAUUACUGUGUUACUUGGAAAGUUAGAUCUUGUUUGGGUUCUGGGAUUGAUACUUCAAUUAAUGUCCUGAUGUACUUCUGAGAGUAGCACAGAUUCGGUUCCUGUAGAGAAUGAAUGUGGGAGAGUGUAAAUGUAUGAGAGAGAGAUGGUUUGCUACUUUACUGACAUUUACUGUAGAAUGCUGUCAAAACUAAAUAGAUGAGGCACCCCACAGCAAGUGCCUCGAACCGAUCUGGUAUGGUGUGGUACUAAAUCUAUACACUGGGAACUUGAUUUGUAGAAUUUAACAAAAUGUGUUUGUAUAAAAGGACUAACCGUGAAAUGAUUUUUAAGUUAUGCAAAAUAAAAUUGUAAAGCUGUAAUAAGUC